CGCCUAUGACGUCAUCUCCCUGGUGAAAUAACUCGCCUAUGACAUCAUCUCCCUGGUGAAACAACUCACUUAUGACAUCAUCUCCCUGGUGAAAUGACUCGCCUAUGACGUCAUCUCCCUGGUGAAACAACUCACUUAUGACGUCAACUCCCUGGUGAAACAACUCACUUAUGACAUCAUCUCCCUAGUGAAACAACUCGCUUAUGACGUCAUCUCCCUGGUGAAACAAUUCACUUAUGACAUCAUCUCCCUGGUGAAACAACUCGCUUACAUCAUCUCCCUGGUGAAACAACUCACUUAUGACAUCAUCUCGCUGGUGAAACAACUCGCUUAUGACGUCAUCUCCCUGGUGAAACAACUCGCUUAUGACGUCAACUCCCUGGUGAAACAACUCACUUAUGACAUCAUUUCCCUGGUGAAAUAACUCGCCUAUGACGUCAUCUCCCUGGUGAAACAACUCACUUAUGACAUCAUCUCCCUGGUGAAACAACUCGCUUACGUCAUCUUCCUCGUGAAACAAUUCUCUUAUGACAUCUCCCUGGUGAAACAACUCGCUUAUGACGUCAUCUCCCUGGUGAAUCAAUUCUCUUAUGACGACAUCUCCCUGGUGAUACACUUGUUUACAGCGUCAUCUCCCUGGUGAAACAACUCACUUAACAGCAGAUAAUAACCCAAUUUUUAAGUUUUCUCUUUCAGUCCGUUUCCGCCUCAUGAUAUUUACAAAGAAGAUAGGCAGGUUAAACUAAAUAGUUUAAAAAAAUAAAUAAAUAAGGAGGUGUGGUAAAGAAAAUUAUAAGGAGUAAAAAUAAUAAAAAAAUGGACGAUGGAGCUAUUGGGCCAAAAUGGACGGAGAUAGUACUAGUCGCAUGACCUGACGAGUGAGUCGUUUAUGAGAAUUUACCAAAACAGAAAAGUCAAUCGGAAACAGACCCCCCCCCCUCUGGGUGAAUUCAGCCUCUGGCGAGUCGAUAAGGGCGUCUUUUUAUGGCUUUAUUUUCGAUAAAAGCUGUAAAGGUGACAAAUAAAAAAUAAAAAGUUCCAAUAUAUCCGCUCAGUCUAGUUCGAAAAGUGACACCUCGACUGACGGCCUGAGAUGAGAUGGAUCCAAAUGGCACAGAAAAUUCAUCCACCCGGGAAGAUGAGACCGGCCAGGAGGCGAGAGCGGAAUGGAACUUCAGAAGAUUUUUUCCUCAGAUUUUGGCAUGCACGGCGAAUAAUUUCAUAUUGUUCGACAACAGCCUCGCUCUUUCUCUUCCGACGAUCGUGAUCGUCGCUCUGAUGAACAACGACGGCGAUUUGAGUUUGACUGCAGAUGAAGCGUCUUGGUUCGCGAGUAUGUUUUUGAUCUGUCAACCCAUCGGAAGCGUGUUUUAUGGAAUGGUCAUGGAGCCCCUGGGUCGGAAGAGGUCACUGCUCCUCCUCAACAUCCCCUUCUUCACUGCUUGGACGAUGAUUUUCUACGCCGAGUCACCUUCCACCCUGUACGCCGCCAGUGCCAUCAUGGGCUUCGGAGUCGGUUGCACGGAAGCUCCCCUACUCACAUACGUCGGAGAGAUAACCGAGCCGUUGUACCGUGGGACGCUCACCUCCUACGUCCAGUUUUGCGGUUUUGCCGCCUACGCCGUCGUUUACUCGGUCGGCUCGGUCAUGACGUGGAGAUACACGGCGGCGAUCUGCGCGACCGUACCCAUCUUGACGGUCGUCGCGGUCUCUCAGUUGCCUGAGUCCCCUCACUGGCUCGUUUCCCGGGGCAAAGUUGAAAGGGCCGAAGAAUCCCUACGCUGGCUCAGAGGCUGGGUCCGCCCUGAAGACGUCAGAGAAGAACUCGACCGCAUCGUCAACUACAACGCCGAUGAAAAAACCGUCAAAACCCAGAUCGCAGAAACACAUGGGGCUAUAACAAGCGUUGGAAUCAAACAGAGGAUCGUUUUCUUCCUGAGACCUGAAAUAAGGAGGCCUUUGAUUUUAACAGUUUCGUUAUUCUUCUUUUACUAUGCGUCGGGGAUGGCGACAUUACGACCCUACCUCGUCCGAGUGAUGAAAGAGCUGAAUGUCACUAUGGACAUCAACAAGGCUGCCGUGACCGUAGCCAUCCUCGGCCUCAUAGGCUACGCCGCGUGCAUGUUCAGCGUGAGCCAGGUCGGAAAAAGAGCCCUGUCGCUCUUUUCAUUACUAGGUUCGUCCCUCUGCUCUUUUCUGCUCGCCUCGGUCGCUUCUGGAUCUUUGGACAGGUCAUGGUCGCUGCCCGUAUUUCUCGCCAUGUCAUUCCUCUCCUGCGUCGGACUCGCUCCGAUCCCUUGGAUGCUACAGAGCGAAAUCUACCCUUUACACGGGAAGUGCAUGGCGACAGGGAUUGCCGCGGCGGCGUAUUACAUCAUCGGCUUCCUAGCGACUAAGAUCUUCCUCGGCAUGGAAGACAUCCUGGGCUUGUCUGGAGUCUUCAUACUGUUCGGAUCGUUUGGACUGCUAGGAGCUGUCUACACCUACAUGAGGCUGCCUGAGACGGAAGAUCGCACGUUCCAGCAGAUCCAGGCACACUUUGUAGAUCCAUAGAAUCAACACUUAAGACUUAAUCUACCUUCAA